UCACGUUUUCUCGUGGGAUGAAUAGGCUCUUGGUUUCCUGCACAUUGCUUGCUUAUUGCUUAUGCCGAAGUGGUGAAGUGUUCCACAUUCCGUGCUUCUGAAAACUUGUGUAAAAUGGCAGACAUAUCUCAAGAAGAUCUGAAGAAAGAGAUCACCGCAAUCCUCAAGGAUGCGGAACUCUCCACCCUGACCGGAAAGAAAGUACGACAACAGAUAGAAGAAAAGUUGGACAUCGACUUGUCAAGCCGGCGGAAGGAAGUAGACGAACUAGUUAUGGAGUGUCUGCAAGAGAAGAAAGAUAAGUCUAAGAAGAAGAACGGCUCUGCUAAAGACGCCAGCGAUGAUGAGGAAGAAGAAGACGAAGAGGAGGAUGAUGAGGAAGACGAGGAGGAAGAAGAAAAGCCCAAACGCUCUGCCAAGAAACCCGCACCUAAACGCAAACAGGCCUCAAGUGACGAGAGUGAAGAUGCUUCAGAAGAAGACAAAGAUGACGAUUACAGUCCAUCCAAAAAGAAGGCCAAGGCAGCGAAAAAGCCAGCCAAGAAAGCAGGGCGCAAAUCUGCCAAGGGCAGUGAAUCAGAUAGUGAUGAAGACUGGGGCAAGAAGAAAAAGGCUGCUCCCAAGAAGGGAGGCGGUCGAGGAGGUGGCGGCUACACGAAAGCCCUGAAACUUAGUCCUGAAUUAUCCGAACUUAUGGGUGAAGACGCUAUGCCCCGCCACGAAGUAGUCAAGAAAAUUUGGGCUCUAAUCAAGGAGAAGAAUCUAUAUGAUCCGAAAAACAAGCAAUUUGCGAUUUGUAACGAUGAACUAUUCAAAGUUUUUGGUGUUAAGCGUUUCCGCACAUUUGGAAUGAUGAAGCUCCUGAAAGACCACUUCAUCCCCUCAUAAGAAAACAAAUCUCUCCUAGAGGUCAUCGUUUAAUUUUAAAUGUAUUACUUCCUAUUUUUGGCACCGAACCAUUUUAUUCAAAUCGACUUAAACAAUCUCUCACAAUUUUUACACAAUUCUUUUUCAUUUAAAUUUCUUUUGACCUUUCAACGUACCAGGCUUCGUUUUUUUUGUAAUCUCUAAGAAGAUUUUUAUCCGUCUAAUUUGACUCUAAUAAUUACUUUUUGCCACGCAUCUUUACAAUCAGACUCUAAUCAGUCAAUAAAUUAAAAAAAAACACUACAAUAGUGAGGUUUGAAGUGUUGAUCCUACUCUAAGAUUGUCUGAUCUGUGUGAUAAUUUAAUAAGAUUAUUAUCCGAGAACAAAUGGAAAAAUUUUAGGGUUUCUACCGGUUCAUCCUUUCGUACAGUAGUGCGUUCAUCCUUUGAAUUUUUAGCUUAGUUUUUGCGUCACCUCUCAGUCUAAGAAAUUCUUCUCUCAAAUUCUUUUUGUGUAGCCUCUUGUGUCCUCAGUUUACCUUUAGUAUUUUUAAGGUAUAAAAUUUUUUUUUUUUUUUUUUUGACAAAUCGUAGAGAAGGUUGAUUGUUAAAUCGUGAUUUCCAACUUUUCUACGAUUGGUUGAAAAAUAGUCCAAUUUGCUAAAGGUACAGUUUGCGCAAGAAGUCAAGGCAAGGUCAUUAUCUCAAAAAGUGCAAACGUUUAGAAAAAUUCAGAAGGUUGUCCAGCGACUACUGAGAAGGGUGCCUAAUUUUGACUCAGAUCGAUCCUCGGUUUUAUCAUGGAUGAGCUAAGCAAACUUGGUUUCGGAAAGGCGGUAAAAUCCACAAUAUAGGUUGAAUUAUCAGGUCGAAGUUAAAUUACCCCAAGCAAUCGACUCUUUUGUUCCUUUUGUGUGAAAGUUCCUAAGCAAUCUAUGCUUAAUAUUUCGUCUCAUCCGAAAAUAAUGUGGCUUAGGAUUUUGGAUCUCUGUUUACAUAGCAAGAAAAUGAGGACUCAAGCUUUUUUCCCUAUUUCUCUCUCUCUCUCUCUCUCAUUUAUUUUUCCAAGCACAAGUUCGUAUCCUGAAAUUGAUUGCCUCUCUAUUGUCUGUCGUAGUUUCAGUCCCCAGUUGUAUUAUGCUUUUACCCUGAAUAUCUAGGAAACUGAGGUGGAUUGGGUUUUUUCGUUUGUGAUCACAGUGCUUAGAAAAGAAACCGGAAUCUUUAGAAUAACAAACUGGAAAGGGAAAAAGCUGAGGUGACAAAUCGUGUGUUAAAACUGUAGAAAGUGUAAAGGAAGCAAGUAAAAAGUUGGAAUGUAAGCUUCAAUCUCAUACAAAAUAAUCUAAAGAAAAAGGGAAAAUUCAAUCAAUAGUUUUCCAUUUAAUCUAAUUAAAUGAGCUUUUGAGUAAUUGAAUUAAAUCCUGAUUUUUUUCUUGUUUACUUUGAGUUUUGUUCAUGUCUUUCGAUAGUUUCAUUAUUCUUGCUGUGGCCUACAGUCUCCUCCGAGUUUGUUUAGUUCACCGAACCUCGUUCAUCCUGUAUGAAUAACACUUGUGAUUUUUAUUUUGUAUCCUUAAUUUUGAAACUAAUUUUAUUUUAAGUUUAAUCUUUUACUGUAAUUUUAGAUAAUCUGGAUGCAUAGGUAGUUUAUUUGUGUGACCUUUUUUUUCUAUUGCAUCUUGUGUGCAAUUUUAUGUUAUUUCUCUCGUCUCAUUACCUAUACUGGUAUAAUUUAAUGAAAAUUAUCUAGCAUUUUUCUCUUAGGAACUCAAACUAUAAUGACUCAAUCAUUUUCUAAAAAUUUAUAAGCAUUCCUUGCUUCCUAGUUUGAUGUUCAUUGAAUGUUUCUGUACUUUUAAGUUACGUUUUAAGCCGAUUCGUUUAUCAUAAAACGCAGAUUGCAGAGUUGAGCCCUUGUGGCUUAAAUUUUAGUUAAAACAGCUUACUCGGGAAAUUUUUCUGUAUGAAUGUCAAGAUUGUACUACCAUCACCAGUGUGAAUAAAUCCGAUUUUUAUAUUCUGUGGUAAA